CUGAAACACUUAAAAUAUACAACUGAAUUGUUUCUUGGAAAUGUGCAAUAAUAUAUGUAGUGAAUAAUAUUUAGUAAAAAAUAAAUAGGCAAGAAAUAUUCACGGCAAAAGCCACAAUUGAGGCAAUAGCAACAACUGAAACCGGUUCUGCGCACCGAUACGCGGCAGCAGAACCUACGCCACAGGCCAGAAAGAGACAGCUACAGGCAGCACAUAGUGUGGCGCGAGUGUGUAGAAAAGUGUAACUUGUAACUACAAAUUGCAGUGCAACUGUAUACUGUAUAUGUCGACUGCGUGCGUGUGUGUGCGUGUGUAUUUGUGUGUAGUGUGGCCAUUGCAAGAUCAGCUUCGGUUUCUUGUCGCUUUGCCAGGCCCUUUGCUCAGUUCGCAAGCAAAAAACUUCAACUCGAAUUGUCGUUACGCAUACGCACCAUUGUACCGGGUCGUCCGUCGUGCUGUGCUCCCAUUGUUUUGGCACUCGCGUCGCCAUGGGUGCCAAGGUGUGUAAAACUGUAGCUGGCAGCUCGACAUGAUGGAACUGGAACUGUCCCGCUUGGUUAAACAACAACGCUCGACACCGCCAUCGGCAUCGCCAUCGCCAGCGCCAUAGUCGCAAAAUCGCGUCGCGCUUGCCGCUUGCCGCUUGCCCGUGUCGCUGACAACUUUGUGCCUGCUUUGCGGGCUUAUCUGACCCUGUUCGUAAAAACAUCUCGAAAAUACAUAAUAAUAAACAGUACUAACAGAGAUAGUACUCAAUUCGCAUAGUUUAAGUGUGGUGCUAUUACGCGCAGCAAUAUAUAAAAACCCGCAUUGUGCACAAGUGCUGAAAAUGUGAAAAACACAAAAUGGAAGCUUAUUUCAACUAACGCUGCACAUGGAACUGUCUCAGCGAACUUCAGAAAUGGUGCAUAAGUAAAACGUAAACUCAAGAAAUACAAGAAAUAGACAAGAGACGCAUAAGAAAUUUAUAGUUUACAAUGCAAGAGGUUUGCAGCACGUUGGACACCACCCAAAUGGGCGCCCAGAUCAAAUCCGAGUCGCCGCUCAAUCCCCUCCAGGUGCAAACUGGCCAGACGACGGUGGUGCCGGUUGUGGCCGGAGCAGGGCCACAGGGGCCGCAGGGACCGCCUCCAGCGGUGAUGCUUGUCAACAAAAUGGCACCGAACUGUGAUAAACGAGCGGCCGACACCGCCUACUGGAUGGCCUCCGAGGGGGGCUUCAUCAACUCGCAGCCAUCGAUGGCCGAGUUCCUCAAUCAUUUGAGCCCCGAGAGUCCGAAAAUUGGCACACCUGUUGGCGUAGGUGGUGGCGGUGUCGGUGUCGGUGUUGGUGUCGGUGGCGGAUAUCCGGUUGUUGGUGUCGCUGGUGUGCCACAGACACCGGAUGGGAUGGACUCGGUGCCCGAGUAUCCCUGGAUGAAAGAGAAGAAGACAUCACGCAAGAGCAGCAACAACAACAAUCAGGGUGAUAAUUCCAUAACUGAAUUCGUUCCAGAAAACGGCCUGCCCCGACGUCUGCGCACCGCGUACACAAACACGCAGCUGCUGGAGCUGGAGAAGGAAUUCCAUUUCAAUAAAUAUUUAUGCCGCCCAAGAAGAAUCGAAAUAGCAGCCAGCUUGGAUCUGACCGAGCGACAGGUCAAAGUUUGGUUUCAAAAUCGUCGCAUGAAACACAAACGACAAACGCUCUCGAAGACCGACGACGAGGACAACAAGGAUAGCCUCAAAGGUGACGAUGAUCAAUCCGAUAGCAACUCCAAUUCGAAGAAAUCGUGUCAAGGCUGCGAGCUGCCCUCCGACGAUAUACCGGACUCCACGUCCAAUUCGCGAGGACACAACAACAACACGCCCAGCGCCACAAAUAAUAAUCCAAGCGCAGGAAGUCUUACUCCGAAUUCAUCGCUGGAAACCGGCAUCUCGUCCAAUCUGCUGGGCAGCACCACCGUAUCCGCCUCGAAUGUCAUCAGCGCCGACUCCAGCGUGGCGUCCAGCGUUAGCCUGGACGAGGACAUCGACGAGAGUCCCAUCAAGGUGAAGAAGAAAGACAUGGACGGUCACAGCCAGGUCAUUAAAAAGGAGGCCGUUUCCACCUCAUCCAAGGCCUCGCCAUUUGGCUAUGAAGCGGGUCCCAGCUUGGCUAGUUUCCGGCGUGACCCCGACGCUGCCGCCGUCGCCUCGAAUCCGCCCGCGACCAAGGCCGUGGGCAAGAAGCGAUAUCAGAACGCCAAUGCGAAUGCCAUUGCGAUUGCCUCCCCGCUGAGCGAGAGCAGCAGCGCGGCUGGUCCGACUGGGUAUUUCCCUGGGCCUGGCUACUAUCCCAAUCCGAAUGCCAAUCCGAAUCCGAACCCGAAAACUUUGCAAGCGCCGCAGCAAAUGCCGCAGGAUUAUUACGGCAAAUACGAUAUUGAAUUCGCCGCCUCGCCGCACCACAACCCGCACAAGCAACAGCAGCAGCAACAACCGCUGCACGGCGAUUAUCUAAGUCCCAAACCAAACGCCAAUGUGACGGCCAAUGCGAGUUUCCAUCAAAACAGUCAACAACAACACCAACACGAACAGCAGUUCUACUACAACUACAACGACACCAAUGGCGGCAGCGCGUACAUGAACCACCAGCAACACCAACAGCAGCUGCAUCCAGUUGGUGACUUUGAGGCGCCACCUAUCAAUGGGCCGAGCAACUUCUAUGAUCCCAAAACACAAACGGGCGGCGCCUACUACGACAACAUGAAUUUCCAACACCAAAACCAACAUCAGUCUGUAGUCUUUCAACAACAGCAGCAGCAUCAACACCAGCAACAGCAGACGCCAAUAAAUCACCAACAACACAUGCACCACAUUGGAGCCGGCGAAACGUACAGUGCGCUUGGCCUGCAAAUGGAGAACUGCGAUGGCUACAACAACUUUGGCGGCGGCUACUAUGAGCCCGGCCCAGGCCAGCAACAGCCGCCUGUUCCGCCCACGCACAGCCACCCCCACCCACACGCCCACCAUCCGCAUCACACAAUGCAGGCCCAGGCCCAGGCCCAGGCCCAUCCCCAACUGCACGCGCACCACAAUCCGGCAGCCGCGGCAGCUGCCGUUCAGGUGGUUGCUGCGCCGCCACCGCCGGCCACGCAUCUGAACUCGAAUUUCGUGUUGAAUGGCGCCGCAGGACCCGUUGGACAGAUACAGGCGUUUGCCAACACUGGCGGCUCAGUGGUUGGCGGCUUGGAAAACUCGAACAGCUCGUCGGACUUUAAUUUUCUGAGCAACCUGGCCAACGACUUUGCCCCGGAAUACUAUCAACUGAGUUAGUUCUAGUAGAGCGGAGUUGGAGCACGAGUCACCGACCGCAGCACCUUGUCGUAGCACAUAUCUGUAAAUAUGUUCGUAUGACUGUCCUCAUACCAUAUGUGUAUGUAUGUAUGUAAGUAGGUAGAGUGAUAAAUGAAAUAUCCAUUUAUAUAUAUAUAUAUAUAUAUAUAU